UUGCUAUCCCGUUUACGUCCUGCAAAGAAGAAGCAGCAAGUGGUUACACGACCGAGAACUGAUCAGCAAAUUCCAGAUCUUGCUGAAUUUCUGCUGAAAAGAGACUAUGCAGCUGCCAUAUCUCUGUUAGAGUUCAAACAAAAGAAUGGCGAAAAGAAUGAAAUCACGGAUCUUUGGCUUGGUCACUGUUAUUUCAGAUCGGGAGACUAUAAAAAAUCUUUGGACGUGUAUGAGGAAAUGAGAAAUAACGGAAGUGAAAAUCCCGAUCUGCCAGUUUUUCUUGGCAUUUGUUACUUUUACCUGGGAAUGUACGAAGAUGCAAAGAAUGCAGCUGAAAAUACAGAGCGAACUCCACUACAGAACAGAUUGCUAUUUCACGUGUCGCAUAAGCUCGGAGAGGAGAAACGAUUAAUGGCUCAUCAUCAGCUUCUUGGGGUAAAACUAGCUUUUCAAAAAUAG